AGUUAGUGAUUUAUUACCAUAGAGAUUAGUUCAACAAAUACACCUUUCAGUAGUCAGAGCAAGACACGAGGGUUUUAUAUGUGAGGUGUGAGGUUGGAGAUGUGCUAAAGGUGCAUAACCGCAGUAUCCCAGUGAAACUCAACCAAUGAAGCAUACAAUGAACACGUUUUCAUCUCCAACACAUGACAGAGGAGGAGCGCAAGAUUCUAGUAAUGGAAAUGAUGAUUCAAAUAUAUACAACAAUAAAGAAAACACAAAUGAGCAUAACGGCUGUAAAGGUGACCUGAAUUGUCCUCCCGAAUAUUAUAACGAACCCACAAGUGUUCUUAAUCCAACAGAAAAGGAUACUGUGGAAUCAUUUCAAGAUUCAAGAAGGUCACUGGAACUGGAAAAGAUCAGGCGUCACAAGAUACAAGCUGCACAAGACAUAGAACGCUACAAGAAAGAAAAAAUGCAGCGGGUCAAAGAGAAAGAAGAAGAAAAGAAGCGGGACCUUCAAAUGUUAACAGAAUUUUAUCCGUGGGGAACGACAAUAGGAAAGUUUGAAAGGGGAGAUUACCGUCGACAGAAAUGGGAUAUAAUGGGUAACACGCCAAAAAAUCAAAAUAACUCAGAAAAUCGGACACGGAGCGGCCAGCCAUCAUCAAAUGUAGAACCUACAACAUAUAACCAAAGUAACCAAAUUGACACUUACCAAAAUAACAACGAAUUAUCUGAAAUGGAAACCGAUAAAUUUACCACCGACGAACGCAACGAGAUAGUUGGUGCCUACAAUCUAGAAGAUGGUGGAAAGAACAAUGACAAUGAAACCGCUAAUUGGAACUCAGAAAAGGAAAAUCCAACAGAGGCGAAAAGAAUGUAUUACGAUUGCGGAGGCCAAGACAAAUCAGUUGAUAGUCCCAGGCAAGUGAGCUCCUAUUCAUUGAGAAUUAGCAGAAGUCAGUCCCCGUCAGAAACAAUGAGAGCACGCGCAGCGAGAGUUUACAUGGAAGAGUUAAAAAAGGGUAUGGAAGAACAGCGAAAAAAGAAAGAAGAAAUGAAAAGAGAAUAUAAUGCUCCGGUUGGGGAGCUAGCUGCCGUUAUUGGAAUGGGUAAAGUUGGAAAACCACGUCGUGAUCCCUACACUGGAAUACUUCUUGAUAACCAUCUUCGAACUUCGGAUAUAUCAAAAAUUAAAAUGGGGUAUCACUACCCAGAAGACCCUCAGUUUAAAACUAAAUACUGCAAUGAUUUGAUCUCGGCGGCUGAGGAAAGAUAUCGCCUAAGAGAACUUGAGAAACUGAAGCUGAAGCAGCAAGAGAAACAGCACCAAGACACUUUUAAUGGAGUGUGGGGCCGACCUGGUGGCGGUGCACCGAGAGAUCCAAAUUUAGGGAAUCGUAUUUCAAACAUCAACCAAAUCUUCUACAGAAAUGAAGUGGAAGCAAAUAAAGCAGUUUUGCAAGAAGACGAUACAGGAUUCGAAAGGACAUUCCGGUUUAGUUCACACCAAAAUUGUUAUGAUUAUCCAACUAACAGACGAAACUUUAAGGAAUACAAUAUCCGAACUCCAUGGGCGAACUUUUACUGAAUCAUCUCUUUAUUAUAAAUAGACGAUACAAUUCAAAUCAAGGGUUAAGGAAAUUAGAAACAUUGCAAACUCAAUCCAAG